AAGGCUGGCACCGCGCCCGGCGGGAGGGGGGCGCCCACCUCCCCUCCCCCCCGCGCCGGGCAUGCGGGGCCCGCUGGGCACCGAGGAGGAGCUGCCGCGGCUGUUCGCCGAGGAGAUGGAGAACGAGGACGAGAUGUCAGAAGAAGAAGAUGGUGGCCUUGAAGGCUUCCACGGCUUCUUCCCUGCGGAGCCCAUGAGCCUUCCCAAGAAAAAGAAAUCCAAGAAGCUCAAGGAGAGCAAGUCCAAAGGGAAGCGGAAGAAGAAAGAGGGGAGCAACGAUGAGCUUUCAGAGAAUGAGGAGGAUCUGGAAGAGAAGUCAGAGAGCGAAGGCAGUGACUACUCCCCUAACAAAAAGAAGAAGAAGAAACUCAAGGACAAGAAGGAGAAAAAAGCCAAGCGGAAGAAGAAGGACGAGGACGACGAUGACAAUGACGACGGGUGCUUAAAGGAGCCCAAGUCCUCGGGGCAACUCAUGGCUGAGUGGGGCCUGGACGAUGUGGACUACCUGUUCUCGGAGGAGGACUACCACACCCUGACCAACUACAAGGCCUUCAGCCAGUUCCUCCGGCCGCUCAUUGCCAAGAGGAACCCGAAGAUCCCCAUGUCCAAAAUGAUGACGGUCCUAGGUGCCAAGUGGCGGGAAUUCAGUGCCAAUAACCCUUUCAAGGGCAGCUCUGCGGCAGCAGCCGCGGCGGCGGUGGCCGCAGCCGUAGAGACGGUUACCAUCGCCCCGCCACUGGCCAUCAGCCCCCAGCAGGUGCCCCAGCCAGUGCCCAUCCGCAAGGCUAAGACCAAAGAGGGCAAGGGGCCUGGAGUGAGGAAGAAGAUCAAAGGUUCCAAAGAUGGGAAGAAGAAGGGCAAGGGGAAGAAGGUGGCUGGGCUCAAGUUCCGCUUUGGGGGGAUUGGUGGCAAGAGGAAGAGGGGCUCUUCGAGUGAGGAAGAUGAGCGGGAGGAGUCGGACUUGGAUAGUGCCAGCAUCCACAGUUCCUCCGUGCGCUCUGAGUGCUCUGCAGCCCUGGGCAAGAAGAGCAAAAGGCGGCGCAAGAAGAGGAGGAUUGACGAUGGUGAUGGCUAUGAGACGGACCACCAGGACUACUGCGAGGUGUGCCAGCAGGGGGGGGAGAUCAUCCUGUGUGACACCUGCCCGCGGGCCUACCACCUCGUCUGCCUCGACCCCGAGCUGGAGAAGGCUCCCGAGGGCAAGUGGAGCUGCCCGCACUGCGAGAAGGAGGGCAUCCAGUGGGAGCCGAAGGAUGACGACGAGGAGGAGGAGGAGGGCGGCUGUGAGGAGGAGGAGGACGACCACAUGGAGUUCUGUCGGGUGUGCAAGGACGGCGGCGAGCUGCUGUGCUGCGACGCCUGCCCCUCCUCCUACCACCUGCACUGCCUCAACCCGCCGCUGCCCGAGAUCCCAAACGGUGAAUGGCUCUGCCCGCGCUGUACUUGUCCCCCACUGAAGGGCAAAGUCCAGCGGAUCCUACACUGGAGGUGGACAGAGCCCCCGGCUCCCUUCACGGUGGGGCUGCCAGGACCAGAUGUGGAGCCGGGAAUGCCCCCACCCAAGCCCCUGGAGGGUAUCCCCGAGAGAGAGUUCUUUGUCAAGUGGGCCGGGCUCUCCUACUGGCACUGCUCCUGGGUGAAGGAGCUACAGCUGGAGCUAUACCACACGGUGAUGUAUCGCAACUACCAAAGAAAGAAUGACAUGGAUGAGCCGCCACCCUUUGACUAUGGCUCUGGUGAUGAGGACGGCAAGAGCGAGAAGAGGAAGAACAAGGACCCUCUGUACGCCAAGAUGGAGGAACGCUUUUACCGCUACGGCAUCAAGCCCGAGUGGAUGAUGAUCCAUCGCAUCCUGAACCACAGCUUUGACAAAAAGGGGGAUGUCCACUACCUGAUCAAGUGGAAAGACCUGCCCUAUGACCAGUGCACCUGGGAGAUUGAUGACAUCGACAUCCCCUACUAUGACAACCUGAAGCAGGCCUACUGGGGCCACAGGGAGCUGAUGCUGGGAGAGGACGCCAGACUGCCCAAGCGGCUGAUCAAGAAGGGCAAGAAGCUGAAGGAUGAUAAGCAGGAGAAGCCGCCAGACACGCCCAUUGUGGACCCCACGGUCAAGUUCGACAAGCAGCCAUGGUACAUCGACUCCACAGGUGGCACGCUGCACCCCUACCAGCUGGAGGGCCUCAACUGGCUGCGCUUCUCCUGGGCACAGGGCACUGACACCAUCCUGGCCGAUGAGAUGGGCCUGGGCAAGACAGUGCAAACCAUCGUGUUCCUGUACUCCCUGUACAAAGAGGGCCACUCCAAGGGGCCCUACCUGGUCAGUGCGCCCCUGUCUACCAUCAUCAACUGGGAACGUGAGUUCGAGAUGUGGGCACCCGACUUCUACGUGGUCACCUAUACGGGAGACAAGGAGAGCCGCUCUGUGAUCCGCGAGAACGAGUUUUCCUUUGAGGAUAAUGCCAUUCGGAGCGGGAAGAAAGUGUUCCGCAUGAAGAAAGAGGUGCAGAUCAAGUUCCACGUCCUCCUCACCUCCUACGAGCUCAUCACCAUCGACCAGGCCAUCCUGGGCUCCAUCGAGUGGGCCUGCCUCGUGGUGGACGAGGCCCACCGGCUCAAGAACAACCAGUCCAAGUUCUUCAGGGUCUUGAACAGCUACAAGAUCGAUUACAAGCUGCUGCUGACGGGGACGCCCCUUCAGAACAACCUCGAGGAACUCUUCCAUCUCCUCAACUUCCUGACUCCAGAGAGGUUCAACAACCUGGAGGGUUUCCUGGAGGAGUUUGCUGACAUCUCCAAGGAGGACCAGAUCAAGAAGCUGCACGACCUGCUGGGGCCCCACAUGCUCCGGCGGCUCAAGGCCGACGUUUUCAAGAACAUGCCGGCCAAGACGGAGCUGAUCGUCCGCGUGGAGCUGAGCCAGAUGCAGAAGAAGUACUACAAGUUCAUCCUCACGCGGAACUUCGAGGCGCUGAACUCCAAGGGGGGCGGGAACCAGGUGUCCCUGCUCAACAUCAUGAUGGACCUGAAGAAGUGCUGCAACCACCCCUACCUCUUCCCUGUGGCUGCAGUGGAGGCCCCUGUCUUGCCCAAUGGCUCCUACGAUGGCAGCUCCCUGGUGAAGUCUUCCGGGAAGCUCAUGCUGCUGCAGAAGAUGCUCAAGAAGUUGCGUGAUGAGGGGCACCGUGUGCUGAUCUUCUCUCAGAUGACCAAGAUGCUGGACCUUCUAGAAGAUUUCCUGGAAUACGAGGGCUACAAAUAUGAGCGGAUUGAUGGUGGCAUCACCGGGGGCCUCCGGCAAGAAGCGAUCGACAGAUUCAACGCCCCCGGGGCCCAGCAGUUCUGCUUCCUGCUCUCGACCCGGGCGGGUGGCCUGGGCAUCAACCUGGCCACGGCAGACACGGUCAUCAUCUACGACUCAGACUGGAACCCGCACAAUGACAUCCAGGCCUUCAGCCGUGCCCACCGCAUUGGGCAGAACAAGAAGGUAAUGAUCUACCGCUUCGUAACCCGGGCCUCUGUGGAGGAGCGCAUCACGCAGGUGGCCAAGCGCAAGAUGAUGCUCACCCACCUGGUGGUGCGUCCGGGCCUGGGCUCCAAGUCGGGGUCCAUGACCAAGCAGGAGCUGGAUGACAUCCUCAAGUUCGGCACCGAGGAGCUCUUCAAGGACGACGUGGAGGGUAUGAUGUCGCAGGGCCAGAGGCCUGUAACGCCCAUCCCUGACGUGCAGCCCUCCAAAGGGGGAGCCCUGGCUGCUAGCGCAAAGAAAAAACACAGCAGCACCCCGCCAGGUGACAACAAGGACGUGGAGGACAGCAGUGUGAUCCACUAUGAUGAUGCGGCCAUCUCCAAGCUGCUGGACCGGAACCAGGAUGCCACCGACGACACGGAGCUACAGAACAUGAAUGAGUACCUCAGCUCCUUCAAGGUGGCGCAGUACGUGGUGCGCGAAGAGGAUGGCGUGGAGGAGGUGGAGCGGGAGGUGAUCAAGCAGGAGGAGAACGUGGACCCUGACUACUGGGAGAAGCUGCUGCGGCACCACUAUGAGCAGCAGCAGGAGGACCUGGCCCGCAACCUGGGCAAGGGCAAGCGCAUCCGCAAGCAGGUCAACUACAAUGACGCGUCCCAAGAGGACCAGGAGUGGCAGGAUGAGCUCUCAGACAACCAGUCUGAGUAUUCCAUCGGCUCCGAGGAUGAGGAUGAGGACUUUGAGGAAAGACCAGAAGGGCAGAGUGGACGGCGGCAGUCCAGGAGGCAGCUGAAAAGUGACAGGGACAAGCCCCUGCCCCCUCUUCUUGCUCGAGUUGGCGGCAACAUUGAGGUCCUCGGCUUCAAUGCCCGACAGCGGAAAGCCUUUCUGAAUGCCAUCAUGCGCUGGGGCAUGCCGCCCCAGGACGCCUUCAACUCCCACUGGCUGGUGCGAGAUCUCCGCGGGAAGAGUGAGAAGGAGUUUAGAGCCUAUGUGUCCCUCUUCAUGCGGCACCUGUGUGAGCCGGGGGCGGACGGCGCGGAGACCUUUGCGGAUGGCGUGCCCCGGGAGGGCCUCUCCAGGCAGCACGUGCUCACGCGCAUCGGGGUCAUGUCACUGGUUAGGAAGAAGGUUCAGGAGUUUGAGCACGUCAAUGGGAAGUAUAGCACGCCGGACUUGGUCCCCGAGGGACCUGAGGGCAAGAAGCCUGGAGAGGUCAUCUCCUCGGACCCCAACACGCCGGUGCCUGCCAGCCCUGCUCAUCUCCCACCAGCCCCACUGGGCUUGCCAGACAAAAUGGAAACACAGCUGGGCUUCGUGGAUGAGAAGGAGCCAAUGGUGCAGAAGCCAAAGAAGCCCUUGGAUGUCCAGGCCCUGCCAACUGCCCUGGACAGAGUGGAGGGUGAGGACAAGCACGAGAGCUCAGACAACAAGGAGAGAGCCCGAGAGGAGCGGCCAGAGGAGGUGGAGAAGGCCCAGCCCUCCCCGGAGCAGCUGCCCAAAGAGGAAGUGCCUCCUGAGAAGGAGAGAGCGCUGGACAAGCUGGAGCUAGGCUUGAGUCACAGCAGAGGGGACGGCAGCGACUGCAGGCCAGAUGACCCCAAAGCUGAGGAGAAGGAGCCCGCUGAGACACAGCAAAACGGUGACAGAGAGGAGGACGAUGAGGGGAAGAAGGAAGAGAAGAACGGGAAGUUCAAAUUCAUGUUCAACAUUGCCGACGGGGGCUUCACGGAGCUGCAUACAUUGUGGCAGAAUGAGGAACGUGCCGCCGUGUCCUCGGGAAAGAUCUAUGACAUCUGGCACCGGCGCCAUGACUACUGGCUGCUGGCGGGCAUCGUGACGCAUGGCUAUGCCCGCUGGCAGGACAUCCAGAAUGACCCGAGGUACAUGAUCCUCAAUGAGCCCUUCAAGUCUGAGAUCCACAAGGGCAACUACCUGGAGAUGAAGAACAAGUUCCUGGCCCGCAGGUUCAAGCUGCUGGAGCAGGCGCUGGUCAUCGAGGAGCAGCUCCGGAGGGCCGCGUACCUCAACAUGACCCAGGACCCCAACCACCCAGCCAUGGCCCUCAACGCCCGCCUGGCCGAGGUGGAGUGCCUUGCCGAGAGCCACCAGCACCUGUCCAAGGAGUCCCUUGCCGGGAACAAGCCUGCCAAUGCUGUCCUGCACAAGGUCCUGAACCAGCUGGAGGAGCUGCUGAGUGACAUGAAGGCAGAUGUGACGCGCCUGCCCUCCAUGUUGUCACGCAUCCCCCCGGUGGCUGCCCGCUUGCAGAUGUCAGAGCGCAGCAUCUUGAGCCGCCUGACCAACCGUGCCGGGGACCCCACCAUCCAGCAGGGCGCUUUUGGCUCCUCCCAGAUGUACAACAACAACUUUGGGCCCAACUUCCGGGGCCCUGGACCGGGAGGGAUUGUCAACUACAACCAGAUGCCCCUAGGGCCCUAUGUGACCGAUAUCUAGCCGUCCCUGUGACUUCCCCCUGUUGCAGCGCUCAUUUCCAGCUGAGCCACACUUACCGGGCCACCUGCCUGACCCCCAUGGGAGAGAAAAGCUGCUGCCUUUUUAGAACCGGUGCCACCUUGGGACAAAAGGGAAAUGGAGAAGUGCCAUCAUCUCACAGAGAACGAGGCUUAGCCUGGCUGGCCAGAGCCCAGAGUGCCACCUCGUCGUAAUUGAGUUCUUCCACACAGCGUCACACCCACUGCCAUGCUGGACAUGCCCUCUCGCCACCUUUUCCAGACGACUUCCUAGAGAGAUUUCAUUUAUCUGUACAUCUUUUGCACUUUCCUAUUGAAGAUUCGGAUGAAUUUGUCUUGAUAAAAGUUGGAUGACGUAUGGAAGAUUCUGAGCACAGCACUCACGUUUUGUCACCAGGCUCCAGACCUAAGGGGAAGCUCCCUGGAGGCCCUGGCGCCACCCUGCAGGCUCAGCCCAGCUGGGGAGAACUCAGUGUUUCCUGUGCCCCGUCCUGCCUGCCCUCCUGCUGCAGCCCCUGCCCGCCUGGUACCCCCAGAACCAGGUGGGCCAGGUGGGAGAGGGGCCACCUUGCUCUGUCGGAGGAGAUGCUGCUGAUGCCUGGAUCAGACAGGGUUUUCCUGUCUCCUUCCUGCCAGGGAUGGAGACCACCAGGUAGAGGCUGUCUUCUGGGGGAUACAUGUCUGUCCCUGGCCCAGCAUGUCCUGAAGGUUGGGCUCUUGCUACCAGCAGAGAGGCCCCAGAAGUGCAUGGCAGGCUUCAGCGUGUGCGGCCAGGGAGGAGGGGCACGAGUCUGUUGGAGCCACUGUAGGAAGGGAUGGAGGUUUGCCAUCUGCUGGGGGUGUGGUUCUGGGCAGGUGAGAGCUUGUGUCCUGGUAAGGAGGGACCUGGUCAUUUGAUGGCCCAGGAGACCCUGCCUUGUCCUGUGUCCUGCGAGGCCUGUCCACCCACCUUGGGGUAUAGACUUUUCUGUUCUGGGCCACAGAUGUGGGGGAAUCAGGCGGACCCCUGAGGCCUGGACUGUCCCCUUCUCUGUCCCUGGGGGGUCCUCCAUCCGGGCUCUUGCUGCAUGAGGCAGGGGCCCCAGCUGCCCUUGCUGAGUUCUUGGAGGGUGUGGGAAGGGCUCUGCGGGGAGGCAGGGGACUGGACCAGUGGCCUCUAGACCCUUCUUAGCAGGAGCCUUCCUGCUUCUGCCUCCUCUGUGGGAAGGCCGUGGAGCCCCUGCCCUUCUUCCCCACUGUGCAUGUUGGAAUCCAGCUCCACCCUUGCUCCUUCCCCGCCCUCAAGACCUCAUAAUGCCCCGACGCUGGGUGGGGGUCCGUUGAGUGCAGAAGGAAAUUCACUGAGGAACUGGCUGGGCUUGGGGGCGAGAGGGGCUGAGACUCCACUCCCUGGGAGAGGCAUGAGGGACAUGGUGUCUCUGGGCCUGUCGGGGACAGAAGUGAGGCCAGGGGCAGUAGUAAGUCUCAGCCUCAUCUCACGGACACUUGGGCAAAUGCCUGGCCCUCCCUGAGCUCCAGGUUGCUCAUCUGUAACAUGGCUUUUUCUCUGAACCCCUGGACCAGACCCCAAGGCCCCUGGUUCCAGUCUUGAUCCAAGUCUGGCCCAACUCUGAGAGCGGGGUGGGCAGGGGGAGGAGAACCCCGGAGGUGGAGAGGGCUGGAUUGUCGCAGGCUUGAGCACCCAGAGUUCCCGGGGUGGCUGCCCCCGCCUCCCAGGAGGGUGGCCCUUGUCCUCACAAGCCCCUGUGGUCAUCUAGCACCACCAUCCUCUGGUCAGCGCGAGAAGACCUGCCUCGAGCUCACUCCCCAACCCAGGGCCACUGUGAUGUCAUCCUCAGUGGGUGGGCAGUCGGCCCCUGGGUGGCCUCUGGGACAGCCCCGGCCCCGCCCCAGUGCAGGGUCCUGAGGCCAGGUGAUGACCCUCUCCCUUGCCCUCCCAAGGGCUGGUGGUCUCCCUGGUUGUGACUCCGCCCUGGAAACCUUGCUCGGUCCCUCUCUCUGCUUCUUCCCAGGCCUGUCCAGGGGGCCCUCGUCCCCCUUCCCUGCUAGGCUGGAGGUGGCACCCACAGCCAGCCUGGCCCCUGGAAGAGCGUGUUCUCCGUGACCAGCACCCAAGAAACCCGGGAGGGUGGGCUGCCGAAAGUGGGGCAGGUUUCUGAAAGGAAAGGUUUUCCAGAAUGUUCUCAUCCUGGUUCCUCAGUGACUUCCUGCCAAAGCUGUGGUGGGGAGCGGGGAGCCCGGGGGAGGCCUGCCUUGGCCUCUUCAGGCCGCUUGGAUUUGCCCUGGAGAUGGCAGCCCUUGAGCCCCAGGGCAGCCUGCCCUCUGUUUUGUCCAGUGUGGGGGUUUGUUGAACUGCCUUUGGCCCAAAGGGCUCAGCAGUCUGCCAGGUGGCACUGGCCUUUGGGUUGGAGUGGCCACUUCUGAGGGCGCCCCUCCCACACACCUGCUCUGUCCCCUGAGGCCAGGCGUGAGGAGCCUCCUGAAGGGCAGCCGGAGGCUCCUGUCUCCUGCAGCUUUGACUCCUCCCAGAGGCAGGCCCGACCCCUUGUCCCACAGCCAGGUCCUCCUGUGGCUGGGCUUCCUUCCCAGAAUCCUCUGGCUGCUCUCCACCCAGGCCCAGGGUUGACCAGGACUCGGCCUGCAGGUCCCAGGGCCACUGAGGGCCUGAGGGGUGGGCUUGGGGACCUGUGGCCUCUAGUGUGCAUGGGGGCCGGGGAGGGCGAGGCUGACCCACCCCUCUGCCCUCGCUGUCCCGGUGGCCUGGUUGUAGCUUCAGGUGGACGGUGCCCCCGCCCUUCUGCACAGCCUUGGCACCUAGGGGAGCCGCUGCUCCUGCUGGUCCCCGAGUUUACAGGUUGUGGCCGUCAGCCCAAGGCGUGGGGGUUGUUGUGUUUAUGGGUUUUUUUCCCCUUAAGUUUCAGAUUUUUUUUUUAAACAAAGUAUUUUUUUAGGUGCGAUACCCAGAAAGGGCCCGUUGGGUGUGUGUGUGUGUGUGUCCCGGCUCCUCGCACGGAGGUUGGCGCCCCCGCCUUGCAGCUCCUGCUGGCUUGGCCUGGAGAGGAGGGAAGGCCCACCUGGGCGGCUGAGGAGGGACUUGCCUGCCCAGGCCCCUGGCCCAGGCACAUCCUCAGGCUGGCCAAGGGAGGGCCUGGCACUCUGGGCCAGCUAAGAGGGUCUCUCCUGCUGCGGGGUCCCUAGUGGGGCAGGGGUUGAACCUUGGACACCAAGUUCCCCGGGGGUUGUGGCUCACCGUCUCCUGCAGGAGGCUGGCAGAGACCACAGCCAACACAGUCACCUUUUCUUUGUACUCUGCGUGUAUGUUUUGGUUUCUGUGUUUUAAUAAACCCUUUGGG